CCAAAGCAGUGAGCUGUAAAGACUCUGGUUUUAAGAAAUUAGCUGCGUUCAGAUUGCAUAUAAACUAUUUGUGCGUUUGCGCAAGAGGAAUUCCCCACGCUUCAAGAAUUUAUCGAAUGGAAGCUUCAAACCCAGAUAUACCGCUGCCACUAGAUAAAUUAUCCCUCAAAUCUAUCACAAAAGAUAGUUUAUCAAGCUCUGAUGCCAAGGGGAAGAUUUUUGUAGUUUUGGUUUCAACUGGAAGUUUCAAUCCUCCUACAAACAUGCACUUGCGUUGUUUUGAGUUGGCUAGAGAUGCUGUAAAUUCUCAAGGGUUUUGUGUUGUUGGAGGUUACAUGUCACCUGUAAACGAUUCGUACAAGAAGAAGGGUCUUAUCCUUGCAGAGCAUCGUAUUGCUAUGUGCAAUCUUGCUUGUAGAAGUUCUGAUUUUGUUAUGGUGGAUCCAUGGGAGGCAAGUCAGAGCUCGUACCAACGCACAUUGACAAUUCUGUCUAGAGUUAGGUCUUCAUUAUUGGACAGUGGAAUUGUAUCCAGCGAGUCACUUAAAGUCAUGCUCGUAUGUGGUUCUGAUCUCUUAGAAUCAUUCGCCAUUCCCGGAUUCUGGAUCCGCGAGCAGGUCAAGAGUAUCUGUAGGGACUUCGGAUUGGUCUGUAUAAGGAGAGGGGGACAAGACGUCGAGCAUGUUAUAUCCAAGGAUGAUAUUUUGGAUGAAUACAAGAAUAAUAUCAUGGUCGUGGAUGAAGUGGUGCCAAAUGGGAUCAGUUCGACCGGAUUGAGAGAUUGCAUUUCGAGAGGAUUAUCAGUCAAGUAUUUGACCGGAGAUGAAGUUAUCGAGUAUAUCAAACACAACGGGUUAUAUGUUGGAAAAAACGAAGAUGAUUGAACCUGAUUCAUUUAUAACAACAUUGGUUUCUUAUGCCGGAAAUAAAUUGCUUGGUUGAAAGUGUA